AUGUCCGGGCAAGUGACAUGGAUGGAGAAGAGGAGGAGGAGGAGGAGAAGGAAGAAGGAUAGAGGAGGGGAGAGCUUUAGGGUAUCCACCCAUGACGAGGACAUGGUGGGAGAUGAUAGUUCCAGUGUGCGAUCAGUUCAAUCUCUGGCGGGGGUGGCUGGACCGGACGUGGUACCAUCCCUACUAGCAGGGGGUGGCCAUGGGCUGGACCUGUCAAGGUUCGACAAGGACCGUCUUCGUCUCUCUCGACAUUUUGAAAGGGAGGCAUCCAAGAGAGCAUACGCUGUUUGGAUCAGCGAUUCCGAGCGGAGCACGUAUGACAACAACCCGAUGAUUCUUACUCUCAGCGAGCCCGCGAUCCAUGGCGGAGAGAGCUUUCUAGUGCUCUUCCCACGGAAAAAGACAGAUUUCCAGGAGAUCCGCAGGACUGUUCUCGAGUUUGUCUUGCUGACGCCAGUCGUCAACGACAAGAUGAAACUGAAAGAUUUGGCGAAUUUCUUCAUUUCAGAAUUCUGUGCUGAGAUCCGGGGGGAACGCGACAAGAUCCGCUUGAAGGACAUCAGCUCUGACGCGAGUAGGAUCACGCUGAUACUAGAAGAAGAUGUUUGUCCCUCGCGAGAUUUGUCACAGGUCAUCAUGAGGUUCAGAAAUCAGAUCGGGAGCCCCUUCUCUCAGCUCAACGACAAGAUGUUGCUGAGUAAGAUCAUGGGUAUCAACUUCCCCAAGGAGAAACUUUCCGCUGCGGCGAGAAGGAGGCAGAAGAAUCAGCUCACAGGCGAUAGAGCGCAGCAGGACAUGUCUUCGAGGAUGUUGAGAUUGAGCUUGCGAGAUGUCACGUAUGUGCACGACAGCGAUGAUCUGCAUGUUGAUGUUGCGACCGCAAGCAAGUUCGGGAACAUUCUCGUGAAAUUCCAGAGCGAGUCGGAAAAGCGUCAGUUCCUCGUCGCGUUUGAAGGAGCGUACGAGCCAAAGGACGAGUCGAAGCCUGCCGAAGAUGUCCUGGAGGACCGCUCUGAGCUGGAACCGUCGCUCCUGCCAAGAAAGCUGCUGCUGGCCGAAGAGCUGGAGGAUUACUUCAAGAGCAGUGCUUCUCAGGUAGACUUCACGACGCUGCAGCACUUGGAGCAUGUCGGGAGGAGGCAGUGGGCGACGAAGUCUCGGACGAUGUACAACAAUCCACACGAGAUCAUAUCCAAGACCCGUUUGCUCUCUACGAACGAGCUAGGCCUCGUGGGGAACUUUGAAAUCGAAGGGAAGGAGGAGGAGGAGGAGGAGCAAGACGAUAUCGAGCUGGGAGAUUUGCAUGCGUUGCCUGCGGAGUCGGAGCCGAUUGUUGGAGAAGGAGCAGGACAUGAAGGGAAGGGACAAGACGCGGGGGACGACGGGGAGACGCUGGAAGAGGAGGCGAUGAUGGAGGUACUUCAGGAUGAGGAGGAAGGACGGAGGACCCUUGUUAGGAGGGAGGAAGACCUGAGGUCUCAGACUCUCAGAUGGAUGUCUGAACGAGCCAUGCAGAAGGAGUGGUUGGAGAUCCGACCGAUCCCCUUGUCUCAGUACUGUGACUGGGGCUUCUGGUUCCUGGCAGCGGACAGGAACUUUCAAGAUCUGGAGGAGAGGUCCCUGUUUCUCUUCAGCAAGCGGAACCCAGUCCGCCUCCUCUGUCUCCAUCUCAUCCGCUCUCGCUUCUGGCUCGCACUAGUGCCUGUGGUGGUCUUGGCCAACGUCGCCUUGCUCGCUGCUGGGGAUCCCCUCGACAACCCCGACCUGAUCCCUGUUUCUGCCACCCGGGCGAACAUGGAGGUCGCGUCCUUUGUCUUCAACAUCUUCUUCAUCCUGGAAGCGAGCAUGAACAUCAUCGCCUACGGCUUCAUUGUUGGGUCAACGUCCUACCUCCGCCAGUCCGAGAACGUCGUUGACUUUGGCAUCGUCUUGACAAGCCUCGUCGACAUCCUAAGCGCCUCCUCCAGCAACCUUACCGCCCUCAGGAGCAUCCGAGCUGUCCGCCCCCUCCGCAUCCUCAGCAGGUCCCAGUCCCUCAAGGAGCUCCUCUCCAUCCUCGUGCGCGCCGUUCCCGUCCUGCUCGCCGCCCUCUUCAUCUGCCUCCUCUGCCUCUUCAUAGGGUCCAUCAUAGGAGUCCUCUUCUUCAAGGGGCUGCUCCGUUCGCGCUGCUACUCGACGUCUGACGGGCGCCUGCUGGGCUCGCAGCAAGUGUGCUUCCUGCAGCUGGGGCAGAACAGCACAAACUUCCCCUUCAUCGGCAACCCUUACUUCUGCCCCGAGGGUUUCCACUGCCUGCAGCUUUUUGCCAACCCGGGAAGCGGGUUUGACAACUUCGACAACGCGGGGUAUGCUUUCUCCGUCCUGGUUCAGGUUUUCACCAUGUCGGGAUGGUCCAACGUCAUGUUUGACAUUCAAGACGCAAUCUCCCCCAUGAGUUCCCUCUACUUCCUUGGCCACCUCGUCAUCGGCCCCCUCCAAGUUCUCUCCUUCUGCCUCGCCUACAUCAGCGCCAGGCUGGUCCAGCAGAGGAGGACGGAGUUCCUGCGCAGGGAGAAAGCCAUCUACCGGCGAUGGACCAACGCUUUCCUGCACGUCAUGUUGGAGACUUUCCAGGAGCGCUGCGAGCUGCGUAAGAUUCUGCGGACAAACUUCCUCCUCUUCCGCUUGUUCAAGAGGACUUACCUGCAUCGGAUCGAAGACGCCAUCAGCACAUGGCACCAGGAGGCGUUCUUCCGCCGAGUCUUGCGAGGAGACCGAGGGCAGCAGUUUCUCUUCUACACCUCCUCCCGCUUCGAGAGGAAGUACCGCAGAAACCCCUGGCAGGCCUGGAAGUACGCCGUGCUCGUCAUGCACAGGCGCGUGCAGAAGCUGCUGGAGGAGGAGAUCGAGAAGUCGAGAGAGAAGGGAGGAGGACUCGUGCAGUUCGACGUGAUCGGGAUCAUGGGCAGGAGGCCGAUAGUGACGAGGAGGCUGAGGCAAGAGCUGAGGAAGAGAAUCAUCAAGUCCGACGAGGUGAAGGAGCGGCUGCAGGGCAGCGACAUCAGCAACUACUACCUCGAGCAGCUGAAGCUGCGCAUGUCGGAGAGGAAGCACUUUUUCAGGAAGAAGCUGCGGCAGGUAGGAGGGUGGCUUGACGAGAAGCUCCGAGCGCUGGCCUGCUCGUCUUUCCUGAACGGGCUAGUGAUGUUGGUCGCUAUCCUCAACACGCUCGUCCUCUGCCUCGAGCACGAGUACGAGAGCAACCUGGGGGACUACUGGUCCUCGGAGAGCAAGUGGAUGCGGUUCGAAGCAGGCAUCUCCUUCACCAUGGUCGCCUUCUCCUCCGUCUUCUACCUGGAGGUUGCGAUCAAGGCCGUCGGGCUGCGCAGCGAGUACGUCCUGCGCUACGACCCCGUCAAGAACGUCAAGGUAGUCGAGGUGCUGAACAUCGUCGACAUCCUCGUCACCGCCCUCUCCGCCCUCGAGUUCCUCCCGCUCAUCAGGCAGGGAAGGUGCCUCCUCCGCGCCGCUCACUACAUGGAGUGCCGCAAGGGCCAGGUCGGCCUCUCGUUCCUCCGCAUCCUCCGCCUCCUCCGCAUCCUCCGCCUCGCCCGGCUGAUCCGCCACUUCCCGUCGCUGAAGCUGCAGCUGAGGAGCAUCAUCCUGGUGGGCAGGAAGGUGGGAGGGCUCAUCGUCGUCCUAUCAGUCUUUAUCUUCAUCUACUCCGUCCUCGGCAUGACCCUCUUCGGCGGCAUCCUCUCCCUCCCGCCCUCCCCCGACAGGCUCCAGGUGGGUGCACGAUGCUACUGCAGAGUCCCCUCCAUGCCUAUCCCAGCUGGCUCGUUGUUUGCGGGGCAUCCGUGCACGAUACGGGAGGUCGACCUGACGAGGAGGAGCUGCCAGUACGUGGUGGAGACAAGGAUCAGCUCCUCCUCCCUUGGCAGAGCCAGCAUGACGUACAGGGCCUGCUCGGUAGAGGAUGCAGGUGGUGCGCGGGGGCAGGAGGUGGUGAUCGUGGGGGUGAGUCCGAGGGCGAACUUUGACUCGUUCACCAACGCGCUAGUCAGCGUCUUCAUCCUCUGGACGCUGUCCAACUGGGAGUCCACAAUGCAGCUAGCUGCCUCCCAGCUCGGCUGGGGGGUUAACUUUUACUUCUACAGCCUCAUCCUCUUCGGCAACCUCCUCAUCGGAAACUUCCUCUUCGCAGCCGUCAUCGUCGAGUUCCGAGAUCAGCGCAACACCGCGCAGCUGCUGAAGAAGAGAGCAGCGGCAAGGACAGCGCACACCACGUCGACCUCCGCGCAGCAGAGCAGGAGGCAGUCGCUCUCGGCUGAGGAGUCGAGGAAGCAGAGCGAGUUCAAGAGGCUCGAGGAGCAGGUGACGCAGGACGACAAAGUCCGCAGCCUGUCAGACGUCAGGAGCAGGAUCGUGAGCAGCGGGAGGAGGGCAUACAGCAAGGUCAACGACUCUGCGGCGGAGACGACAUGCCUGUGUCUGGUGGAGCAGAGCUUCAUCAGAAGGGGGAGCACCUUCGUCGUCUCCCACCGCUACUUCACCGCGCUGAUGGUCAUCGUGGUCGUCAGCAGCGUCUUCCUCCUCGUCUUCGGCAUCCCGUCUGACUUCCGGCAGUUUGUUGCCGUCGCUUCCCUCAACUCUUUCUUCAACUGGGUGUUCAUCGCGGAGUUCGCCAUGAAGUGGAUCGCUGGAGGCUGCAUCCGCUACCUCCGCUCCCCCGCCAACUUCCUCGAGCUCCUUGUCGCGCUCGCCUCCAUCGCCGACGAGUUCAGCUCCAUCGCCCUUACCAGCGGCGUCUGGUCCGCCCUCUCUCCUACCAAGGAGAGGUUCGCGGAACGAGACGAGAGGUGGACCAACCGAGUCUUUCCUGCCUUUCGCACCCUCCGCGUCUUCCGUAUGCUCGACUUCUACCGCCUCCUGCCUCCCCGCUACAAGUCCCGCUCCCUCUCUACCUGCCUCGAUGCUCUAGAGCUCUCGAUCCCUCCUCUCCUCGUCUCCUCCGUCAUCUCCUUCGUCAUCCUCGUCGUCUUCAGCCUGCUGGGCAUGCAGCUCUUCUCCGGCAGGCUGUGGAGCUGCUCAGAUCCGAGGGUGACGCUGAGGGAGGCGUGCGAGGGGAUGGGGACCACGACAUGGCGGAGCAACAAGCUGAGCUUCGACUGGAUCGGAUCUGCUCUGCUCUCGUCUUUCUCCCUCCUCACCGGACGAGCUUGGGACGAGCUCUUCUGGAAGGAGGCUGACGCAGGAGCUGAUCCCUAUCACGGGAUGAUUCAGAACGACAAUCUUCCUGCUGCUGCUUCCUACUCCAUCCUGACCUACUUCUUCGGCCUCAUCUUCAUCGUCAAGGUCUACACAGCAGUCCUCGUCGACACCUACGCCAGCGUCAACCUCUCGACCCCCUGGCCCAUCCCCGCGAAGCCGAAACGCGCCGCCAUCUCCGAGUGGGACGUGGGUGCGGAGCUCAAGGACCGGAGGAGGCAGUGGCUCUUCGACCAGCUGAGAAGGUUCGAGGUCGAAGUUCUGGUGACUUCCCUCGUGCUAGUCAACGUCGUCUUCAUGUCUCUCGACAGCUACAAGUCAGCUGGGCAACAAGCUGGGGUCUCGCUCUCAGCUGACUUCUUCUUCGGCUUCACCUUCAGCGCCGAGGCGAUCGCUCGGAUCUUCGCGGGUCAUCCGAAGCUCUACAUGAGAAGCCCCUGGAACCGCUUCGACUUCCUCCUUGUCCUCCUCUUCUUCCUCGGCGCUGCUAUCAACUUCCAGCAGAGAUUCGCCUCCUCCUUUGACCUCACCUUCACCCGCAACCUCCGCCUCAUCCGCGUUGCCCGCUUCCUCCGCCUCCUCAAGAGCUUUCGCCUCGUUCGCCUCCUUCAGUGGAUGGUUGCAGUGGUGAACGUCAUGAGGAGAACCAUCCCAAUCGUCGCCUCCCUUGCCUUCAUUUUCUUCGUCUUCCUCUUCGUCUCCUCCGUCGUCGGCAACAAGCUCUACGGCCACCUCUGCAUCCAGGGCGACGAUACGCUGCGCUGCCAGCUGAUGGAUCAGAGUCUCCUCCUGCCCCGCCACCAGAACUUCAAGUACUUGAGCACCGGCAUGACCAUGCUGGCGGUCAUGGCGACGCUGGACGGUUGGGUGGAGAAGAUGAAUCUCUUCGACCUCAAGGCCGGCAAGCGGCUACCCGGCGCCUUCCUCAACGCUACUCUCCUCCUCUCCCAGCUGCCGCUCCAGCAGGAAAAGAACAGCGUCCUCGGACAGAUCAGGCAGCUGCUCCCUGUCUGCCUUCUCCAGGAGGAGGCCAGGAGCCUCGAGGCCAGCGGCCUGAUCACCUGCUACGACGACGCCUCCCAUCGCAUCCCCUGCCAGGGCACCUGCUCGCAGCUCGGCUCUGCCGCUUCCCUCUUCGUCGUCUUCAUCGUCGUCUCCAACUUCGUCAUCCUCCAGCUCCUCAUCGCGUUCCUCAUGGACCUGCUCCGAGGCCCCGUCGGCAGCACCAACUACGACAGCAGGAGGAUACGGGUGGGAAGCAGCGUCCUGCUGACCCGGGACCUCAAGAAGGCCCUGAGAAGGUGGCACUGGAAGUCCAGGAUGUCCCGCAUGUACGCGCAUGCUACCGAGAGGCCCCGGUUCCUGGCCCACCAGCAACUCCUCGCUGCGCAGGAGGAGAGGAACCGCCUCGACCGCCGCCUGAAGGAGAGGAAGAGAAGGGAGGGGUGGAGGGACAGCAGGAGCAUGCGGGUCCCCUCCCAUCUCCGCACUCCUACCACCCCUGCUAGGACCUCAGCUCUAGGUUCGGGGCGGGACCAGGAGCUGGCCCAGCAGGACUAUGACACCGUCCUUGUCAUUCCCAGCUGGGACGACCCGGUGUCAAACCAGGGGAAUGACUGGGAGGUCAGGAGCGUCAGCUCCCGCCCCUCCUCCGUUCGCAUCGGGGAGAACUUCCUGUUGCCCUCCUCGUUGACCAGCAGCCUCUGCUUCCUUGACAGGCAGCCUACUGCGGGAAGGAGGUACCAGCAGGAGCAGGACGGGGAGGAGGAUGGGGGCCCGGAGGUGGAGAAGGAGGAGGGAGGAGGAGGGGAAGUGGAGGGAGGACAGGAGAGGCAGGAAGCCCAUCGAUGGAAGGUGAUCGUGCAUGAGGUGACGGAGGAGGAGGAGGGGGAAGGUGGGGAGGAGGAGGAGAAGGAGGGUAGAGGAGGGAUGCGGAGCAGAGAGCUGCACCCUCCUCUCCUCAUCAACGCCCUCGACUCGGGAAGUGACCUGACGACGUUAAGGACGGGGCCCUCUGAGGGCGAGCUCCUACAGCAGGACUUGAAUCUUCCGUUCUUCCUAUGA